GUUCUGGGUUAAGGUUAGGUUUUAAUUUAGGACUAGUGUUCAGGGUUUUAUGGGGAAGGUUAUGAUGAUGGCUUUGGUAAAAAUUACACUUUUAAUGGCAGUCUGCUUCCAGUUCUGAUUCUGUCGAAUGAAGGAUGCUGAAGGGAGUCAUGCUUCUUUUAGCAGUGAUUCACGUGGAAGGGGAGGUCAAAAAACAAGAUAAUUUGGCGUUCUGAGAAAGGGAGCAUGGUAUGGGAGGGGUGCAGAGACAGUCGUCCGAUAUCACCAAGUAGCAGACGUCUUUAAGCAUUUAAUUCCUCACACCAUUUCUGGUACAGUUCUGAGUGUGAACUCUUUCUUCGAUGGAACCAGCAGUGAUGGUUUCCGGCAGUGGUUUAGAUAUGAAGUUUAAAGAGCAUAUUCUCUGAUGGCAGUACUGUAAUAAGAACCGCAUGAUGUUGUUAUUGCAAGAGUAGACCUUUGCUUCCUGUGAAUCUCUUAAAAGUUACAUUAUUCUCAAGGCGAAUUCUCCUGUAAAUGUUGCACACAGUUAUUUUGUUAGAUGAAGGAUGGUAUAAACGCUAACAUAGUCCUUGGUCUUUGAUGCCUUGGCAAACGGAGCCAUCUUAGAGUAAGUGAUUGUGCAAAAGCGCUCAUUCAUUGUUCUUUCAGUGUUUUAGUCAACUUCGUUCCUUCCAAGUUACUUGACACCUCUGGGUGGUAUUCUUGCUAAUGUCACCUGCAUUUCUAUGAAUAGAGGUCUUGGUGUGUGUGUGUGUUUAACCAGGAAGCGCACGUCUUACUCUCACAUGAAACCUAUUAUGAGUUCCCAUAAACAGUUGAGUUAUUUGGAGUGAGAAAGCAGAGGAAGAAGUGGGAGAGCUACGGAAAUAGAGGUGGUCAUUCGCCUCACAUUUAACAUUAACAAUCCAAUGACUGCCUCAGAAGAGAUGGCUGUACUGGUUGAAAAUGCAAGGCCUACAGUCUUUUUUCGACACAUACCCUAUAUGUAAACACAUACUAGAAAAAUCAGAAUAAGACAGACCUUUUGAGGGCAUUUUUUAAAGAGAGGCAGGGGUGAGGAUCUGGGGAGUUGAUGGUCAGGUCACCGUGGUAACAUCCCCCCACCCACCGCCUAUCAUUCAUCCCCAUAGUAAUAGCCAAGCUCGGUUGCCCCGGAGACCACAGGAGAUGGUAGGGGAAUGUGUGUGUGCGUGCCUGCAAAGGCAUCUGUGUCUCUGUGUCCAGUGUGCAUGCAUGCAAGGCUGUAACAAUAUCCUGUCAGAUUGUUGAUGCUAAUUCAUCACCUUUUCAUGGUGUGUUUUUCCAUAUGAGCUAGCCACCUCUGUAGUUAUACUACAAACCUCCCUUUUAAGUUACUUUAGUUGCUUCUUUUCAAACAUCAAUAACAAAAAUGUUCAGAAUCAGACGAGAUUAGCAGCUGCUUAAAACUUUGUGUUAGAAAAAGCUUUCCUUGUGUGUCUUGUGAGAGCAGAGUAAAUGGACUUUAAAUUAAUCCUAAUUUAUCAGAUUAAAGUAAACCACCAACCCAACAAGGCCCUUCAUGAAACUAUUUGAGUUUAUAAGCAGGGCAGUGUGAGAUUUUGACUGGAGUUAAAACAUUUUUCAUCACAUUGUUGUUUUGAGUUUUAUUUAAGGAAUUGUGUAUAUAGGCUGUAUCCCUUUGGGCUCAUGUUUUUCCAUGACGUUCUCUUUAGACUUGAAACACGAGAUAGGAAUGACAGCAUGCUAAUAGCUUGAAUUAUAUGUUAUACCCUUUAUAUAAUGGUAAUAGCAUCAAAAACAUGAUUAUAACAUAGCAAUAAAAUAUAUAACCUGUUGAUAACAUGUUAGCAGCAUUAUUAACAUGUCAAUAACAUGGUAAUAAUAUGAAUAACAAGUCAAUAACAUGGGAAUAGUAUGAAUAACAUAUUAGUAACAUGUUAAUAGAAUGAAUAAUAUGUUAAUAAGAUGUCAAUGGAAUGAAUAACACGUUAACAACAUGGGAAUACAAUGUUGCUCUCAUCCAUACUAUACAACGGGAGAGGCUGAUCCUUUAGUACUCCAGUGUGCGCCAAUAGAUAUCUGGUGUCCACCUUAAUGUGUUGAGAGGUGCAGCGAGGCUGCAGAGACCUGCCUGCUGCUAUGCCCCACAUCAACAUAGCUGCAGUACCACCUUGGCCCUGUGGAGUGUGCUAGAGAUGUACCAUUUAUUAUAUAUAUAUAUUCUUUUUUUUUUUAUUGCUCAGUUCCUCAGACAGUAUUAAGUCACAGGGUUAUGCAUUUGACAUGCAUCAUGUGAAGGAAAACUCAUCACCAUGUGACUUUUACAGUGCCCUGUCAUGAAAACCUGACUCCUGACAUACGUAUGUGAAGUCUCCCAUCCCACUCCUCCGGCCUCCAAGAUAGAUUCCCUCAGGAGUAAGGUUGAGCUCCUCCGCUUGCCCCUGGCUCUCUCCUCUAAGUCUAUCAGCCAUCGCAAGAGUCAGCUGGGCGGGGCCGGGGAUCGCAGCACGGGGGGAGGAGGAGCCCACAGGGGCAAACCCCGCCCGCCGGCCUCCGACAUGGACAACGAGUCGCAGUAUUCGGGCUACUCCUACAAGUCCUCGCACUCACGUAGCUCCAGGAAGCACCGAGAGAGGCGGGACCGGCACCGUUCCAAAAGCAGAGACAGCAGCAGUCGUGGGGACAAGUCAGUCACCAUCCAGGCCCCUGGAGAGCCUCUGCUGGACACAGAGUCCACCCGCGGAGAUGACAGGGAUGACAACUGGGGCGAGACCACGACAGUGGUUACCGGCACCUCGGAACACAGCGUCUCCAACGAGGACCUGACCCGCGUCUCCAAAGAGCUCGAGGAGUCCUUCCCGCUGGACUGCCGGCGUUUCCUCGGCCCCGCGUUGGGCGCCGUCCUAGGCCUCUUCGCCCUGGUUACCCCCCUCGCCUUCCUGGCUCUGCCCCAGUUGCUGUGGCGGGAUUCGCUGGAGCCGUGCGGCACGCCGUGUGAGGGCCUCUACGUCUCCCUGGCCUUCAAGCUCCUCGUCCUCCUCAUCUCCACCUGGGCCCUGUUCCUGCGGCCGCCCCGCGCCACCCUGCCCCGCUUCUACGUCUUCCGCUGCCUGCUGCUGGCACUCGUCUUCCUGUUCGUGGCGUCCUACUGGCUGUUCUACGGCGUGCGCGUGCUGGAGCCCCGGGAGAGGGACUACCGGGGCAUCGUGGGAUAUGCGGCGUCGCUGGUUGACGCGCUGCUCUUCAUCCAGUAUCUGGCGCUGGUGCUGCUGGAGGUCAGGCACCUGCAGCCGGCCUUUUGCCUCAAGGUGGUGCGCACUACGGACGGGGCCAGUCGCUUCUACAACACGGGACACCUCAGUAUCCAAAGGGCAGCGGUAUGGGUGUUGGACCAGUACUACAGUGAUUUCCCAGUUUACAACCCUGCUCUACUCAACCUGCCCAAGUCCAUUCUCUCCAAGAAGGUUUCUGGCUUCAAAGUCUACACUCUGGGAGAAGAAAACAACACCAAUAACUCUACCGGCCAGUCCAGAGCGAUGAUCGCCGCAGCCGCUCGCAGGCGAGACAAUUCGCACAACGAGUAUUAUUACGAGGAGGCAGAGAUGGACCGCAGGGUUCGCAAACGCAAAGCCAGGCUGGUGGUGGCGGUAGAGGAGGCCUUCACGCACAUCAAGCGUCUCCAGGACGACGAGCCCGCCGCGUCGUCCCCCAAACACCCGCGCGAGGUGAUGGACCCCCGGGAGGCGGCUCAGGCCAUCUUCGCCCCCAUGGCCCGGGCCAUGCAGAAGUACCUGAGGACCACGCGCCAGCAGCCCUACCACAGCAUGGAGAGCAUCCUCACACACCUGCAGUUCUGCAUCACCCACAACAUGACCCCCAAGGCCUUUCUGGAGCGUUACCUUUCCCCGGGCCCCACUUUGCAGUACCAGCGAGAGAACAGCAGAGGGCGCCAGUGGACCCUGGUGAGCGAGGAGCCGGUGACCUCUGCUUUGCGGCAGGGUCUAGUGUUCUCCCUACGUCGCCUCGACUUCUCCCUGGUUGUCACGGUGACACCCCUGCCCUUCCUUCACCUGGGAGAGGAGUUCAUUGACCCCAAGAGCCACAAGUUUGUCAUGAGACUGCAGUCGGAGACCUCGGUGUAGAGAGGAAGAGAGCUGUAGAGCGAAAGGAAGUAAAAAAUAUCAGAGAAGUGAGAGAGGGACUAUGUUUCAGUUUUGCUCUAAGCCCAACUCUCUCAAUGUUUACCUCGGUGUGAAGGAGGCGGUGAAGACCAGGAGACGCAAGAGAUGAGUGGUUGAGAGACUAGUAGGAAAAAAUGAGACCUUGUUCCGGAUUUGCUCAGUCUUAGUCUCUCUAUGUCACUCUGCCAAUCAGACACUUCCGUCUGGUGAUCAUUCCCACAAUGCAUCAGCCUCACACAAAGUGAGGAUGUGAACACCAUGCAGCUUGAGACUGUUACAAUGGCUAUGCAGCGUAUUAGGGAGUUGUUACACCUACACAAACAUUAUUUCAUAAAAUAUUUUUUUUUUACCUCUGUUUAUAACCAUGCAAUAACAACUUUGUAGAUUUGGGUUUGAAAGUCUCAGUGUACUUUCUUGUGUCUGGAUUAUGUCUCUCAGUUCUUGGGGUGAAUCAUAAAUGUCACCCUGUUCCCUCCAUAGUGCACUGUCACCCUGUUCCUUAAGUAGGAAAUAGAAUGCCGUUUGACAAGUGGUCUAAAAUGAGAACUGAAUAGACAGCCAUGUCUCUCUUUUUUUUUUUUUUUUAACACAAGCGGUAUCUAUGUGGCAGAUGUCACCAAGGGCUGUACAAACCUAAGUGGCUUUCAUGCUUUGUUAACUGUGUGUGAGGUUCUGUGUUUGUGCUUUACUGUGGUACAGAGUCAUUGGGACCUGUAUGUUUCUCUAUCUUUGAAAAGGCCAAUUGGAGUGGACCUUUCACUAACAAAUAGGCAAAUGGACUGUUAAGAAUCAUCAGCGCGUCGAAAAGAUAAAUGUGAAUAAAACAAAUGAUGUACAUGUAUGAAGUAAAACAAAAAAAAGAGAAGUUUGUUCCUCUGUAGACAGCUGUUGAAUGUUAAGUUAAAACACUGACCAGCUGACUUUUAUCAGAUGUUUUGGGAAAUGUGUUCAAAUUGAUAUGUCGGGGACUUUUGAUAUGUAUUCCAGUGUUUAAUGAAGAAGGUAUAAACAAAACAAAACCGAUAGAACCACUCAUGUUAUGGACUUUCCGUUUGGUUUUUUUGUGCCAAAUCAUACUCCCUUCCAGAUGAUAUGUCCUUUAUUCUGAAGUUUGCACCGGUUUACUUCUUAUAUGUCUAAACAUAUUCAUUUAGCCCAUGCAUGGGUCUGUAGGAGGUUCCACCAAAUGUGUUGAGCUACUCAUCAAGUUAGGGGAACUUAACCUUUAGAAGGGGAAGCUGAGAACUUAGUCAUGAACACAUUUUGUUUUAUUUUAAGAACGUUUCCUGAAGUCACCCAGUUGAUUUACGACCUCGGAUGUGGUAUUAUUCUCACUGGAGUGUAGACACAGCAGAAGUAUUAACCCUGCUUCUUUGUGUGCCGUAUUUGCCUAACAGGGGAAAUGCAAGGGUACACGGCACAGACCUGCCACACUUUCACAUCCGAAAGAAUUGUAACAGACAUCGCAAUGGGGGUUGGCUCAUCCAGGCUUUUUGGAGAUUUGGCUGUUUACUCAGACAAUCAACCAUAGUCAUGUUUGACACAUGACCACUCUAUUGUUCUGAACAUGUGACAAUGCUGAAAAACAAAUGUACCUUUUUUCCCCUACCUAUUUUAUAAGCAAAACACUGAACAUUUCUUUGAUUCGAAGUUCAGAGAUGAAUAUCAGUGUCGGCCCUCAUUGGUCCAGCACAAAAAUGCUUCUUGUGCUUUCUGGCAGCUCACAGCUACUGUAGUCUUUUGUAUAUGAAUGUUUUUAUCUCAUUUUAAUGUAUACUGCAUGUUUAAAAGACAAUAGGCUGAUAUGUUUUUAAUAUUAUUACAUAGGUAGUUUUCACUUGCUAAGUCUUCAUAACACCCGGAUUUCUUAAAUGUAUUGUUGCAUUUCAUUUUUUUAUUUUUUUACGUCUAAAGUGAAGCUAAGAUCCUAACCUUUUUUUUUAAGCGCAAUGUGUUGUAAAUAAAUUUUUAGAGGAUAAUUUUAGGACUAAAUUGUUACAGCCUUUUUUAAUAAAUGAUCUCUGUUGAGAUGAUGCUAUGUGGCUUUGUUUUACCUAAGCACCCAAACUUUCUUUCUCUCUGCCUCUCCCUUAAUCUUUAUGUUAACAGAGAGGGCAGCGUUAUCAUGCAGACACAGCUGUCAGUAAAUUGAGCUCAGUCUCGGUCGGCUUUACGGCAGAUAAAAUGCCAAUACCAUGCUGCUCCCUUGAGGUCCUUUGCAGCGUCCAGGUGAAAUAGACAACACUCCGUUUCAUCCUCUAACUCAGUGGUUCUCAAACCUCGCCGCUCCUUGUAUUAGAGGCAUUUCUAAGCUUGCAUACCUGAAACAGAUUAUUAAGCCCUUGGAUGCUUAAAUGAGGUGAGCUAGUUUAGAGCCGCAACAAAAUAGUGAGAUUGCUUGAGGUCCCCAGGAGAGGUUUAUGAACCACUGCUCUAACUUACACAGAUAUCUCUAUCUAGAUUAGC